AUGACCACCGUGUCGGAUGAGCGCUUGGCUUUUAUGCGGCGUCUUGGCAUCACAGAUGAGGAUGUGCUCGAACCUUCUCCUGCGAAGACCGAAGUUGGUAAGAAAGGAAAAUUGACGGAAAGUCAUUUGGGCGGUGGCUCCAUCCGUGAAACAUCUCGGGAUCCUGCUCUUCGCACAAGACCAAGGGCAGUGUUUCUGAACGCUGAUAUACCCGAAUCCAGCGUAAAAUCUUCACCCAAGGGGAAUAAUCUUCCGCGGAUGAUGAAUGGGGAGGGAAGUACCAGUGGCCUUUCAGCUGAACAGCUAAAAUCUAACGGGAACCAGGCGUUUGAAGAGGGACGCUACCGUGAGGCGCUGAAUUGUUAUACCGAUGCCAUUGAAAUGCUUCUGGAAUCGGGGAAUUACCAACUAAGAGAACAGGGUUGUCUGAAUACCAACACCAAGAGCCGUGGACCCAUUGCUUCUGGGUUCAGUGCUGGUGAUCCAAGAAUUAUCUUGCUUGCUGCUUUGUUCAGUAACCGUUCGGCGUGCUUUCUUCAGGCAUCAAAACAAAUAGGAGCUGCAGAAGCCCUGGAAAGCGCCAUACGGGAUGCCGAUCGUGCGGUUGAACUUCGUCCAUCGUGGUUCAAAGGGUACUCUCGGCAAGGGGAUGCGUUCUUCAAAAUGAAGAAGUACGCCCAGGCGGCGGAGACAUACGAGAUGGCAUUGCAGCUUGACCCUGGGAACAAAAACCUUCUUCAGUCUGUGAGAGAAGCACGACAGCGUCAUCUGACAGAUGCACGUGAGAAUGUUCAUACUAGCAGAAAGCAGGCGGCACGAGAACGUACUGAGGGGAAUGCUGCAUCCGAUGCAAUAAGGCCAGUGGCGGUUCCUGCACCAAUGAACGUUUCCGUCAAUGACACUACUACUGGAAGGCGUGAUAGUGGGCAGUACAAGGUAACCGCACGCCAACUUUGGAGGGAGCUCAAACACGAAGUGGAAGCUUCCGUUCAGCAACCUACAGGCGAUGAUUACCGAAGAGAGCAGUUGCGGCUAUACCGUGAACAGAAAGAGCGGGAAAAGAAUGGCUACUCACCGUUGCACAGUGAAGAACGCCACGCGAAUGAGGAGCCUGUUCUAAAUGAACACCCCAAAGGGGCGGGGACAACAGGAAGUACUGGGUUGGAGAGCAAAAUUCUGCCCAGAAGGGAACACCUGGAAACCAUACCCCAGGAGUUCUCGUCGGAUGCUGCAGCGGCGUACCAGCAGCGCCUUCUUGAAGAGUAUAGACGGAAGAAAGCACGACAAGUGUAG